CUCUGCCCAAGCUGCUCCUCAUGAGGGAAGGAUGAGUAACCCUCAAAUGGCCACUUUUGUUUAGGAAUUUAUGGCGGAGAUGAGACGUCAAGCAUCUUCUGCCAUGAGUGUGCCAUCUCCAUCCCCAAUGGUUUCCACUCCUACGGCCCCUACUCCUAUUUCUCCUGCUCUUAUAUCUUCUACUCCUGCUGUGCCUAGUUGGAAAGUCUAUACAGAAUUCCAGAAGGUGGUGACCAAGAAAUUUGAUGGUACCAUGGGUUUUGAGCAUGUGGGGUCAUGGAUUAUCGAGGUGAAGAGGGGAUUUCGCCUACUAAAGAUUUCUGAUGUGGGCAGUUAUAUGCUUACAGGUGAAGCAUUGACUUGGUGGGAGAGUUACUUGAAGCUACACCAAGGAGAGCCUGAAUUGAGCACCUGGGAUGGUUUUAAAAAGGUGUUCAUGCAAGAGUACAUACCCGAUAGCAAAAGGAAUGAGCUGCAAAGGGAAUUUGCAGAUCUUAAACAAGGGACACGUAUUGUUGAGCAGCAUCAGCAACCUAGUGUACUCAUCCUGCUCCACCUACUUGCCCCACUUGUGGAAGAGUUGGGCACACUCACAACCAGUGUCACAUUACUAUUGGGGCUUGCUUCAGAUGUGGCAAGCAAGGACAUCGGGUUGCUAAUUGCCUGCAGUGCAUCACACUCUUUUAUAGCUCGAUCUUAUGCUUUGAAAAGAGCCGUACUUGUUGAUACCUCCGAUUUUGAACUGCAUGUAGACACCCCUUUUGAAGGGGGUUUCUUAGUUUCUGUCACUGAUGCUAGUAGUGUGACGUUGAGACUAGAAGACAUCCCUAUGGUGUGUGAGUUUCCGGAUGUAUUUCUAGAGGAUCUCCCAAGUUUACCUCCAGAUAGAGAGAUUGAAUUUACUAUUGAUUUUGUUCCUGGUACCGGACUUAUUUCCAAAGCCCCGUACCGUAUGGCUCCUACGGAGUUGAAGGAGUUAAAGGUCCAACUGGAGGAACUCCUUGAGAAAGGGUUUAUACGACCUAGUGUGUCACCUUGGGGAGCUCUAGUGUUGUUUGUUAAAAAGAAGGAUGGGAGCAUGAGACUGUGCUUAGAUUACCGAGAACUGAAUAAGUUGAAGAUUAGAUCUAAUGAUGUGCCAAAGACUACCUUCCGUACUCGCUAUGGUCAUUAUGAAUUCUUGGUUAUGCCUUUUGGCUUAAUAAAUGCCUCUACAAGAUUUAUAGAUUUUAUGAAUCGGGUAUUUAGCAAGUACCUAGAUAAGUUUGUGGUUGUCUUUAUUGGCGACAUUUUGAUUUACUCUUCUAGCCAUGCUCUUCAUGAAAAGCACUUAAGGACAAUUCUCGAGACAUUGAGAAGUGAGAGGCUAUUUGCUAAAUUUAAGAAGUAUGAAUUUUGGCUAGAUAAUGUUGCAUUCCUAGGUGACGUUGUGACUAAGGAUGGAAUCUCCGUUGACCCCCAAAAGAUUAAGGUCGUGGUGGAUUGGAAAAGCCCGAAUAGUGUUGUAGAAGUCCAUAGUUUUCUGGGAUUGGCUGGUUGUUACCACCAAUUUGUGGGAGAUUUCUCUAGAAUUGCUCUGCCAAUGACCCGUUUGAUUAGGAAGGACACCAAAUUUGAGUGGACUCUAGAGUGUGAGAAGAGCUUUUUGACCAUUGAAGAGAAACUGGUCACUGCUCCUGUACUUACACUUCCCAUCAAUGGGGAAGGAUUCACUAUAUAUAGUGAUGCCUCUAAAAAGGGUUUGGGAUGUGUCUUGAUGUAUAAAGAUAAGGUUAUUGCAUAUGCUUCAUGGCAGUUAAAGCUUUAUGAAGAAAAUUACCUUACCCAUGAUCUGGAGUUGGCAGCUAUGAUAUUUACACUCAAGAUCUGGAUGCAUUAUCUAUACGGUGAGACCUAUGAAAAUUUCACCGAUCAAACAAGAGUCUCAAGCAAAGCCAACAAAGUAGCAGAUGCAUUGAGUAGGAAGUCUUCUGGCACUGCCUCGAGCAUCCUUGCCACCCAGAAGGAGUUAUUUGAGGAUCUUGUGAAAGUGGAUAUAGAGUUGGGAGUGGACAGCUGUGUGUACCAAGAGAUCAUGCUUUUAAGGCGUGAGAUUAUGGGAGAUGCUCAUAAUACUAGUUACACAGUUCACCCAGGUAGCACCAAGAUGUAUCAUGACUUGCGUAGUACAUUUUGGUGGCGGAAUAUGAAGAGGGAGAUAGCUAGAUUUGUCUCACAACGCCUGACUUGCCAGAAAGUCAAGGCUGAACACCAAAGACUUCCUAGGAAGCUGCAGCCGUUACCUAUUCCCCAAUGGAAAUGGGAGAAUAUCACCAUGGACUUUGUGAUGGGUUUACCCACGGCCUUCCAUCCUCAAACUGAUGGGCAAUCUGAGAAAACUAUUCAGAUACUGGAGGAUAUGUUGAGGGCUUACAUACUAGAUUGGAAGGGUUCAUGGGAUCAACACUUAUCCAUGGCUAAAUUUGCUUAUAAUAAUAGUUACCAGUCCAGCAUCCGCAUGGCACCGUUUGAGACUUUGUAUGGUCGAAGGCAGAAAAGUUAUGCGGAUAGAAGGAGACGAGACCUUGAGUUUGAAGUCGGUGACCAUAUAUUUUUGAAGGUGUCACCCACUCGAGGUGUCCUUAGGUUUGGCAUCCGGGGAAAAUUGAGUCCGAGGUACAUUGGACCAUAUCCUAUCCUUGAAAGGGUCUGUGAAGUAGCUUGCCGAUUGGAGUUGCUUGGAAAUUUAGCCGGUGUUCAAGAUGUGUUCCAUGUGUCUUUACUUCGAAAGGAUAUUCCCGACUCGAGUUACAUCAUUGAUCUCGAACCCAUUCAACUUCAAGAAGAUCUCACUUAUGAUGAGCACCCGAUCCGUAUUUUAGAUUUCAAGGAGAGGGUAAUGCGGAGAAGGACUAUUCGUUUUGUUAAGGUCCUCUGAGAUAACCAUUCGGUUGAAGAAGCUAUUUGGGAGUUGGAAUCCAAGAUGAGGCAAGAACAUCCGCACCUCUUCCAAGAUUGAAGUUUAGGGGACUAAACUCUUUUUUAGGAG